UAUUGAGAUAGAUAUUGUCAAUGAUAUUGAACAGUAGUAAAGAGUUAUAUUGCACAUAUGAUGUGGGUGACAUGAUGCAUAAUAAAAGUACAACAGUGUGUAUUCGCUUAUUACAUUAGGCUGAUAACCCUAACUCAAAGUUACUUGGGUCCUGUUUGCGAGUAGCCGGGUUGUCUCGGCCUCUACCUGCUGGAUAAGUUCGGUACCACAUUCGCCACACGGCGCCAUAUUAGAUAAGACAUUAUACUGCUGCUGACGAAGUCAAGGAAGGGGGGGGGGACAGUGCUCCAGAUGACAAGGGUACCCGGGCCGCACUAGUCAAUUCGCCCAAACACCAGAGCUAGCUGCUAUAUGGUUGACAACGAGUAAUUGGGCUCCAACAUCCCGGGCAGCGUAGUCCGAGGCGCGUUGUUUUCGGUCGUUGUUCAGCUAAGUUGCCGGGAGACAUGACUUCCUUGGUCCAGCGGAGCUCGGGCCUCGUGCAGAGGCGGACCGAAGCCUCGCGCGGCGCCGCCGACAAAGACCGUCCGUCCGGCGAGGAGGACCUCGAGCCCCGGCGGGGAGACGAGCAGAACGACGACGAAACCGGGGACUCCAAAGAAACGCGUCUCACCUUGAUGGAAGAAGUGCUGCUGCUAGGACUGAAGGACCGAGAGGGCUACACCUCGUUCUGGAACGACUGCAUUUCGUCGGGGCUGCGAGGGUGUAUGCUGAUAGAACUGGCUCUGCGAGGACGUCUUCAGCUCGAGGCUUGUGGCAUGAGGAGGAAAGGUCUACUGGCGAGGAAGGUGAUUUGUAAGUCAGAUGCUCCAACAGGAGACGUUCUCCUCGAUGAAGCCCUAAAACACAUCAAAGACACCCAGCCACCGGAGACGGUGCAGAGCUGGAUCGAACUGCUCAGCGGAGAAACGUGGAACCCACUGAAGCUUCACUACCAGCUGCGGAACGUCCGCGAGCGGCUGGCCAAGAACCUGGUGGAGAAGGGCGUCCUCACCACGGAGAAGCAGAACUUCCUGCUCUUCGACAUGACCACGCACCCGCUGACCAACAACAACAUCAAGCAGCGGCUCAUCAAGAAGGUCCAGGAGGCCGUGCUGGACAAGUGGGUGAACGAUGCGCAGCGAAUGGACAAGCGGGUGCUGGCGCUCAUCUUCCUGGCGCACUCCUCCGACGUGCUGGAGAACGCCUUCGCCCCGCUGCUGGACGACCAGUACGACCUGGCCAUGAAGAGAGUGAGACAGCUGCUGGAGCUGGAGCCCGAGGGCGAGAGCGUGAAAGCCAACGCCAACGAGCUGCUGUGGGCCGUGGUGGCCGCCUUCACCAAAUGAGGCCGCCGCUGAAGAGCAGUUUCGGUAUUCUAAGUGGCAUUGUACUUUUGGGGGGGUGGGAAUCGGGGCACGGACCCCCGACAUGGUGACGGGACUGAAAUACAGUUAACCCUCUGCCUGGACUUAUGGAACGGGCCGCCCUCUUUUCUCACCCCUCUCCCUCAGUCAUUUUUUCUUUUUCCUUCCAGAUGACUAUCCGCGUCCAUCAUUCACUUAAUGGCCCCGUCCUCCAAAAACCCAUCCCCCCCCUCGUGUGUUCACUUUUGCUAAAAAAAAAAUAACAACUCUCAUGGAACUUUUUAAGAAGUGGUCGGGAUCAUGCUGGCGAUUCAUAUCCUCUAUGCUUUUCUAUCUUCGGAACGGUUUCUUAAAAGGUACAGUACGUAUGGCACAGGUUGCUCCAGGUGACACGCCCGAGGAUGAAGCCGUGACAUACAUGUACACGUCACAUGUACAGAGGUCAGCUGGUACUCCUGUCAAGUCUGUUAAAGGAUAUCUUAUCCAUCAAAUGGGAUCGGAGCGUGUGGAUGUGAUAAGUCUGGUGUCGCCGCGUUCUUUGACUUUCAAAUCAAGUCCUCGGAUGAUGCCUCUUAAUCCAUCCAUUAUAUAUAUCUAUACAUAGAUAUAUAUAUGUAUAAUAGAUGGAUAUAUACCUGCUUAUCCUGUGCAGGGAUGCAGGGGGGCCGGUGACCGUCCCAGCUCACACUGGCCAUGGCGGGGGACGGGUACAUUCUGGUCAUGUCGCCAGUAUAUCAUGGGGAGGACAACGACACACAGACAGAGUUUCCAGUUCACCUGAUCCUGCAUGUCUUUGGACCGCCUCCUGGAUUGGAAGUGAACCUUCUCGGUGAUGGGCGCCGUGCCACCCCUACAUUCCAUUCCCCUCCAGCCUGAAAGUCGCAUGGAAGAUCGCUCCUUUGUCGCUGGGACGAUAAGACUGCACAUGCAUGGACACGUCUGGGGGAAUAUGGAAUGGUGACUCGUGUGGCCUAUGAGUUUGUUAGACCUCGGCUCCAUUUAUUAUUUUUGGGGGAGACUUAAAAAAAUGGAAAGCCAAAAUAUGGAGAGCAUCAUUUGGGUUAAAAAUAGUAUACAAGUUUGGCAAACUUCAAAUUGAUGGGGUUGAUUAGCAAAACAAAGUUUGAGGAUGGAAGGAAAAAUAAAAAACAAAAGAUAUUAACAAACUUUCUGUCAUAAAUACGUGAGAUUUAUGUCCUCUGGUCAGUAGUUGCUUUAUUCAAAAUGAAACAUGAAUAUGCUGGAGGACUCGGAUCGUGCGUCAUCUAGGUGCCCUGUCUAAAUACAAACCAGGCUACAUUCAGGAUUCCAGUGUGUAAUAGUAGUCUGGGUUUAGUGUCAUCUGCAUGAUAGAACCGGUGUGUGAUUUAUGGGGUUUUAGCAUGAUGAUGCUGAUUCUAACCAGGGGUUAAAUAAAUAAAUAAAUGAAAUUGAAACAUUUUUGUGGCAAAAACAAACUCAGGAAAGCAGCCCCAUUUGAUUCCGACUGCCUUGUUAGCAAACUAAAAUACACAUAUUAGUGAAUAACCAAUUGCAUUAUGAUGAUCUUCUCCUCGGGUAUUUGGGGGGGUUUGCGUGUCUGCUGCCUGGAAAAAAAAAAACCAUCCAAGACAUUCACUCUAUGAAUUUCAAUUUCCAGGGCGCGUUGAGUCGCUCUAAAACAGAUUGGAUCACAUGUUUACUGCCAGCACAGCGCCCUCAAACACGAAGGUUAGGUCAUUUACUGGAUUGGAAAUGUUAUUUUGUCUGCUUUUUAGAGCCAACACAUCCAAUCCUUGAGUCUAGUGGUUGACCAGCGGGCACUCAGUUUAUGAUAUGUAAAUCAUACAGAGCUGUUGGUUGUAGUUUUGCUCCUAAAGGGAUAGUUCAGGUGAUUUGAAGGAGGGCUGUGGGGGCUACACUAGAUGGAGCUUUAAAAAAAAAAAAACGACCCGGGGAAAAGAGACUUGCUGCUGUGGAUUUAUUUUAGAGCCCCCCCCAAAAA